CAGAGGAAACAAAAUAAGCAGUGUUUCGCCAGGCAUCUUUAAAUGUCUUGGAUCAUUGAAGAAAUUAUUUUUGGGUAAUAACUCAAUAAGACUGAUAGAAGACAACACAUUUUCUAACCUGACGUCGUUGGAGAUUUUGGAACUGAACAACAAUAAACUCCAAGAAAUCGCUAAUGGUGCAUUUGACGAGCUCAAACUGGCUACCUUAAAUCUAAACUUUAACCAGCUCGAAGUGCUUCCCGUUUUUAAAGAUGCUAAUUCCCUCAUUACGAUUCUGCAAAUGUCUAACAAUCCAGUCAAGAUACUGGAUGCUAGAACACUGGGAAAGUACCACGAACUUGAAAUACUUGACUUAAAGUACACACACAUUACAGUGAUUCCAGACAGAGUCUUCAUCAACAACACUAAACUUCAUCAAUUGUAUUUAGAAGAAAGUAGACUGAAGGACAUACGACAGAAAGCUUUCCAAGGAACUCGACUUCGAUCAUUAGAUCUCCAAGGGACGCAAAUCACCUACCUUCCUGGAGAUGACCUUGAGGGUUUGAAAACGCUCGUGAUCAAGGGAGCGAAAGCAUUAUGGGAAAUACCUAUCGUCUCUUUCAAGCGUCUAACCAGAGCCAGUGUGGAGUAUCCCUUUCACUGCUGCCUUAUCAAAGCUGAAAAAGACGCCUUCGCGGAAGUUUCUACGCUACCGAGCGGUCAGUCUACAGGACCCACGGCGAAAAUUUGCGUUAAGGGCGCCACUACAACGUCCGUGCCACCGAUAACUGUACGCCCAUCAACCAAAUCUACCAGUGGAUGGGACAUUCCUGAUUCGAAAAACGGCAAGAAACCAAAUAAAGUGAUUACUUUGCCUCCCGACGAAUGCUUUAAUCCUGACACGGUUGUCACUAAGCCGCCUGAAGAUUCGCUUGAAAACCUGACUUGCACGCCACUGAAUGACGCGUUUAAUCCGUGCGGUGACUUGCUGGAUUCGAACGCUUUACGCGUCUGCUCUUGGUUUGUCCUAGUUUUCGCGAUUUUUGGGAACUCAUUCAAACUAUUCGUCCUGCUGCUGAGCAAACGCAAGAUCUCAAUAGCCAAGAUUCUGAUGUGCAACUUGGCGUUCGCGAAUCUCUGCAUGGGAAUGUUUCUGUUGAUGAUUGCAAGCGCCGACCUCUACUCGCUGAGUGAAUAUCAAAACUUCGCCAUCAGUUGGCAAUAUCGCAAUGGUUGUAAAAUCGCCGGCUUUGUAUCGAUUUUCUCCACAGAGCUUGCUGUAUUCGUUUUGACGAUAAUCACAGUGGAGAGAUAUUUCACCAUCGUUCAUCCUCUGAAACGUUAUAAGCAUUUGAAUACAAAGCAAAUAGUUGUACUAAUGGGGGUAGGCUGGGGUUUUGCUGUAACAGUGGCCGGUCUUCCAUUUUUCGAAGUCAGCAGUUAUCAGAAAGUGGCGAUCUGUCUUCCGUUUGAAGUGCAAAGCGCUGUUUCUAAAGCUUACGUUACUUUUCUCCUAGCAACCAAUGGCUUGGCGUUUUUCUUCGUUCUAUUCUGUUAUGGACGAAUGUACUGCAGCCUUGGAGGUGCGGGACAUGGGACGAGUGCAAAUCGCGUAGAAAGUCGGGUAGCAAAGCGAAUGGCGAUGCUGGUCAUCACUAACUUCGCUUGUUGGUUCCCGAUUGCGCUCGUCAGCCUAAUAGCCAUAUAUGGGAAGGCCCUGAUCGCUGUACCAGCCGCUCAGUUUUUCCUUGUCUUUGUCUAUCCGAUCAACUCUUUUACAAAUCCGUAUCUCUACGCCAUAGGGACCAAACACUUUCAGAUAGACGCUCUGGAAAUUCUAAGCCGUUUAGGCGUUUGUAACUCCGCUAUAGAGAAGUUGCGCAACAGAUUGCAGGAACAACUCGAGACAAUCCCGACGUCCCGAGGAGUUACCGGAAGUAAAGUCAGCUUGAGCUCGGGGCGUUCUCCGCACCAGUCCCCUAGCGCAUCACCGCGGAACAGCAGUAACAUGUCACAUCGCGGAAGCUCGUAUAAAAGUCAAAAUGGCAGCAUGAAAAGUAAUAACAAUUAUAGAUACAAGGGUUCGCCAAGAGACAGCCGUUCUUGUUCCCCGUGUAAUUUUCUGACAAUUCCAUUGAUUCAUAGAAAAAACUACGACUUAGACAAAGAAAGUGAAAUGGCGGAUUCCAAACGCAGCCUUAGCUUGGAGAACAACAUAACAGAAACGCGUCAUUGCGCGCUACAAUACGCCGACGUGGACAUUGACACGAUUCUCGCGCGCCGCGUGUCCGCCAGGGAAGUUGUUCUUGAAGGUCACAAUCUGUCAAGCCGGAACAAAGCUGCCCGUAAAAGUACAAGCAGCAAUAAUGGAGAGGAACUGGUGCCUCUCGAGCCAGGAGGAGCUGAGAAAAAACAAGAAGACAAAGAAAUAGAGGAAGCCGACAGUCCUAUUUUGCAAGUUCCUGUUGUCAAGGUGACGACUUGUUGAAUGCCUCUUCCACACGACCGAUAUGGACUCAACAUAUACUUCAUGUGAGUGUAGUCAAUUAAAACGCUACGAGUUCAGCCAGGACGUAUUUCCGGCUGUCACUUGGUUCCGCCGAAGGAUAACGUCUGCGAACCCGAACCAGAAAACGAUUUC